AUGUGUGCACGCCGAUGGGAGAGUGUGUGUGGCUCCAGAGGCACAGAGGAGGAGCGUAUAGCUGUGGAGACUGCAUGUAAAUAUGGAACCAAAGCUGAAGCCUACACCCCUCCCACUGCCGAGGAUGUGUCAGUGGAGGUGUCCAUGGAUGGGACAGAGCCACAGAUGGGGAGAGAUGCAGAUUUGACCAUUACUCUAAACAACAGCAGCUCUGAAAACAGGAGCGUAUCGCUACACAGUCAAGCUGCCGUCAUGUACUACACUGGAGUGCACAAAGCCUCUGUACGGAAGGACACCACAGACCUCACCCUGCAACCCAAUGAAGUGAAGAUGCUGGAGUGGAGUCUAGCGUAUGGGGACUAUAAGGAUGAGCUGGUGGACCAGGCCGCCCUCAUGCUCACUCUGUCUGGAAGGGUCAAAGAAACGCAGCAAGUCGUGGCCACACAGUACAGCUUCCGCCUCCGCAGCCCAGACCUCACGCUCAGUCCGAUCGGUGAAGCUGUGGUCGGGGAGAAAAUGACAGUCGAGAUUUUGUUCACAAACCCACUCCCACGCACACUGAAGGGGGUCCUGUUUCAUGUGGAGGGGCUGGGACUUAUAACCGCUCAAAGUAUUCACUAUGGUGACAUUGGCAGCCAUGCAUCUGUGUCGGUUGCUGCGAAGUUUGAACCCACUCAGUCUGGAUUGAGGAAAUUAUUGGCUACACUGGACUGCAGGCAGCUCACUCAGGUCCAUGGAGUGGUCAGCAUCAAUGUGAAGGAAAAGAACGAGGCAACCCUGUCGUGA